AUGACCCUGAGAAAGUCCCCUUCCAGCCUGAGGACCUCAGCAGAGUUCUACCGAGAUUGGCGACGACACUUGCGGAGUGGACCAGAGCGCUACCAGGCCCUGCGCAGCUUGGGGUCCCAAACUGGGUCACCUCUUCCAGACUGAUGUGGGUUUGGACUUCUAGGGGAGCUGCUGGUGACCCUGGCUGAUCAUGUGAGGCUAGCUGACAGGCUGACAGUGCUGGGGGUCCUACGCAGCCUGGCCAGCACUGGGCGCUUCACCCUGAACCUGAGCCUUCUGAGCCAUGCUGAGAAAGAGAGUUGCCGAGAGUUGUUUCAGAAGCUGCAGGCCAUGGCUACCUCCAGGCCCGUGAACGAGGGGCUCUGUCGAGACAAGCAGGCUGUGGCAGAGCAAGAUGGUGGGCUCCAGGAGGAGGAGGGGCUUCUGCAGGAGCUAUUAGGGCUGUACCAGAUGCACUGAUAGGACUGGCUACCCUCAGAGUCCCUCUCAGAAGACCCCCUGCCCUGAUUUCCUGAUGUUUGACAGUGCUGUCUACCUGACUGACAAGGAGCUUCGAUGGACACUGGAGGCAUUUUUUGGUGGUUGUCUUGGGGUUUCUGCACGACUGUAAUAAGAAACCCACAUCUACUUCUCUUUUCAGCUUGGAAUUUUCAGAGAAAAAGCUUAAAUCAAGUCUCCCCCACUUUUCCAGUUAGUGUGUCCAUCUUUUGAACUAUAUGAAUCCACAGGACAGAAAAGGAUCCAGGAGGUUGAAAUCAGUUUUGCUUCCUACCCUUUUAGAGUCUGCCAAGCCUCUAACUCACUGGCCCUGAGAAAUUGAUGUGUUUCCAACCAAACGCUGGUGACACCAGGUGUAGCCUCCAUUCAGAAAAAGAAAAAAGUAAACUUGUUCAUCUUUUAUGUCAAAUAAACACUGAUGUCCAUAAUUCUUUAAUCAGAAUAUUUGUAGCUCGAAGUCAGUGAAUGAACAUUUCCUCAACAGUGGUCAAAUGCUACUUCAUUUGAAGUGCAAAAUUUUUCUCUAAGGACUGUUUUUGUGUAGGUUGGAAAGUCCCAAGCUAUUAGCUUAGAUCUAGUCAACAUCCCAGAUGGCCAGGUGUGUUUGGAGGGAAGGCUUCCAGACUGAUGGAAGGGAAGAUAUUUUAUACUGGGCAGGCAGGGCAGAGCCUGGAUCAGUGAGGCAGAAGGCCCUUAUGGCUCAAUCUGUUUUUCCUUGAUCCAUUCUUGGAGCAGGGGAAUGCCAGUGUUCUAGAAAGGUGACUAAAGGCUGAGUUCUAGAAUAAUGUUCCCUUGAGAUCAGGCCUGGAACAUUCCAAGGGCAUCUUGUACAUCAGCAGGGAAUAAAUUACCUUGCAUUUGGCUGCUUCCUGUGAAGACUGUUGCUUAUUUUCCUGGCUGCUUAGUCCUUUCCUCAUAUAGAGGCCUCUUCUCAGUGGUGAUU